AUGAAAGAAUGGGCUAACUUUUAUCGAUUACUAAAUAAUACUAUUGAAACAGAUGUUGAAUCGGAUGAUGGAUCCGAUACAGAAGAACAAGUUGACCACAACUUAACACGUGAAUUCUUUAUAUUAUUUUCUUAUAAUAGCAAAUUAACUGCUAUAAACCUCCAUAUUGAUUAUCAGUUUCAGGGUAAAUCUUUAGUAAUAUUUGCCUCUAUGACUAUGUAUCAUUGUGUCCCUGGAUAUGAUGCUAUUGAUGAACUAGAUUUUUCUAAUGAUGAUGAUAAUUUAGCUAUGAAUAAUGCACCUGAUAACACUAUCCAUCGACUUGACCCUGAAGUAGUUAUCAGAUCUGGCUUAAAAAAUGAUAAAACUAUUGACUUUGCUAUAAACUUUUUACGAAUUCGAGGUAGAUUUUCUAUAAAAAAAUUUUCUUUAUUAGAUAAUGAUAAUAUAAACUUUACUAAAAACUUUGAAUCAGAAGCUAUGUGUUCAAGCAAUGAUAUUAACCCUAUUCUUAAAAAAGAUAUUAACCUAAUGCAUUCUCCUAUAAAUCUUUGCUAUAAUAAUCAUGAAAAUGCUUACUUAAAUAUUACUAUUAUAGAAAAUUCAGACCCCUUAGAAAUUAGAACUGGUAAAUUCAGAGUUAUUCAUGCAAUAUGUUCAUAUUUUGAACAUACUUUACAAAGUAACACUCUGAUAGUUUUAGCGCCUACUGGUAUUGUAGCAGUAAAUAUAUGCAGAAGUACUAUUCACUCUGCAUGCAAGUUCAGUUUUGAUGAAAGUCUUAAUACUCAUUCUAAUUUAUCAGAAGAAAGUCUGUACCAGCUCCAAGAAUACUGGUCUACUAUAGAGUAUGCUAUGAUAGAUGAAACUUCUAUGAUUGAACAAAAUCUUCUUUUACAAUUUCAUACUUUUACAAAAAAAAUAAAAGCAAGUGAUAAUUCUACUCUAUUUGCUGGAAUUAACAUCUUAUUUGCUAGUGAUUUCAUGCAAUUACUACUAGUUUUAGACAAGGCAUUAUAUAUGCCUGAAAAAAUUAUAUAUUUUUCACCUCCAGUUGAGAAUGAAACUUCGAAAAGCGCGAACAUACUCGAAAAUAUGCAUCAUAGUAAUAUUACAGAAAUUCAACUAGAGGCCUUACGAUCAAGAAUUCUUAGUGAUAACUUAAUUGACUCUGAAGAAUGGAGAGAUGUCACUUUUCUGGUAACAAAAAAUAAUCUUCGCGUUCAGCUCAAUCUUGAAGCUGUUAAAGAAUAUGCCUAUGAUAAUAAUCAGUUUAUUAUUUACUCAUAUGCAAUAGACUCUUAUAAUCGAAAAAUUCUUACUGGGAAUAAUCUUCUAAAGUUUUUAUCGGUGUCUGAUAUUAAAAAAAAUACACUAUGUGGAAUCUUACCUUUAUCGAUAAAUAUGAAAGUUGUUUUAACAGUUAAUAUCUGUACUAAUGAUAUUAUGGCUAAUGGCUCAUUAGGAAUUCUUCAACAGAUCAUAUAUGACCAAAAUUCAAUUGACUAUUCAUCUUCAUGUAAAAACAAUAUAGUGUUAAAAGGUCCUCCUAAAUAUGUUAUUAUUGAAUUAACUAGAAGACAUGCAAAUAAUAGCAUAUAUGUAAUGCUUUCUAGAAUACAAAAGUUAAACGAUUUGCUAAUUUUACAACUAUUCAAUGAAACAAUUUUAAAUAUACGACAAUCUUCUGCACUCAGUGCAGAAUUCAUACAUAUCAAAGAAUAUGCACAAAGAACAGCUCUGCUAAAAACUUAA